AUGGCUUACGAACGUAUUCUUUUGGGCAUGGGAAACCCACUUCUUGACAUCUCUGCUGUUGUUGAUGAAGACUUCUUAAACAAGUAUGACAUCAAGUUGAACAACGCUAUUCUUGCGGAGGAUAAGCACUUGCCAAUGUAUGAGGAGAUGGCCAACAAGUAUGAUGUGGAGUAUAUUGCUGGAGGUGCUACUCAAAAUUCUAUCAGAGUUGCCCAGUGGAUGCUUCAGAUCCCUGGUGCAACUAGUUACAUGGGUUGCAUUGGUAAGGACAAGUUUGGAGAGGAAAUGAAGAAAAACUCAAAGCUUGCUGGUGUUAAUGUGCACUACUAUGAGGAUGAGACAGCACCAACAGGGACAUGUGCUGUCUGUGUUGUUGGUGGUGAGAGAUCACUUGUUGCCAACUUAUCAGCUGCAAAUUGUUACAAAUCAGAGCAUUUGAAGAGGCCAGAAAAUUGGGCACUAGUUGAGAAGGCAAAAUAUUUCUACAUUGCUGGGUUUUUCCUUACUGUAUCCCCUGAAUCCAUCCAACUUGUUGCUGAACAUGCUGCUGCAAAGAACAAGGUUUUCAUGAUGAACCUUUCUGCUCCAUUCAUCUGUGAGUUCUUUCGGGAUGUGCAGGAGAAAGCUCUUCCUUACAUGGACUAUGUCUUUGGUAAUGAGACUGAAGCUAGAACAUUCUCAAAGGUUCAUGGCUGGGAGACUGAUAAUGUUGAGGAGAUUGCUCUAAAGAUAUCUCAAUGGCCCAAGGCAUCAGGAACACACAAGAGAAUUACUGUUAUCACCCAGGGGGCAGAUCCUGUUGUGGUUGCUGAGGAUGGAAAAGUGAAAUUGUUCCCUGUUAUCUUAUUACCUAAAGAGAAGUUGGUUGAUACCAAUGGAGCAGGGGAUGCAUUUGUUGGUGGAUUUUUGUCACAGCUAGUCCAAGAGAAGCCCAUUGAAGAAUGUGUAAGAGCUGGUUGCUAUGCAGCAAAUGUUAUCAUCCAAAGGUCAGGCUGCACAUAUCCUGAAAAGCCCAACUUCAGUUAAAAAGACUCGUGCCUCUUGGCUCCAGCACUUGUUUUCUGGUAGUUGUGAGAGUUAAAUCAGAUGGCAGUCAUAAGCGCAACUGUGCAAACCUGCAUUAUUUGCUCCUGUACUGUUGUAUCUGGUGCAGGAUAUUAUUCUUUUUUCAGAUUUUUGUUCUCUUUCAUAUUUUUAUGAUUUGGUGAGAUUUGAUGUCAUUUUUAAAACAAAUGGUUCGUCCCUCAAUACUUUUUAAAUGGUGAACCGAAUCGGGUUCAGGUAGGAGAAUAUUGGAGGACCCAUAUGUAUAAGUGAGGCCAUAAUUUCUUGGUCUGGUUUCUGAAAUUAGUUCAUGUUUAUUAAUGCAUUACUUGUUAAUUCAGAAGCCUGCUGCCAAUAAAAUGAAGGCGCUUCUACAGCUAUUUUUUCA